AUGGCCAAUAGGACGUGUCUAAAUGAUCGUGUCACAAAUCAUGGUUUGGAGAUAGCAACCAGAUCUAAGACAGAUAUGCUUAGAGUCGAUGAUGACUUAUCGGAACGACUCAGUAAAAGAAGACAGAGAACUCUGGAGCAUCAGUUAAAUGUAUUAGAAGAGAAACCCAUAGACUCUUUGGAUCAUAUUAUAAAUAUAAGGGUAUCCGAUGCGAAACUUCGCGAUCUGAAAGAGAGAACACCCCUGUCAAGAAAAUUUAAAACUAUCUUAGGAGUUUGGGAGCCCAUGUCAUACAAUGAAUUCGAACAUCAAAUUAAACGAUUAUAUAAAUGCUGUUUGAAAAGUAUCAGAGAUCUACACGAACUCCAUAUUAGACGUUCAAUAGGAAUGAAUAUUCUAGAAGAUAUUGUAAAUAGAGUGGAUCCUGAUUUUUUAAACAUAUCUCACGUUAUCCAUUUGAUUUGGUGCAUUAUGAGUUGUAUGCAUCAUUUUCAGUUGAGGCUGAGAACAUCGGAAUCUGGAUUAGUAUCUUGGGCGAGAAAAAGAAAAUCGGAACGUUGCGUAAUGGUGUAUCAGAAAUUGAUAAGAGUGAUAAAUAAGAAUAUGUAUCGGAUUGCAGUGAAUGCUAUAGUUACGUUUUAUAGAGAAGGUAAACUUUGGGAAAUCGAGUUUGCCUGUACUGCAUUGAUAAUCAAAAUUUUGGAAAUUCAUCGUUAUGUCAAAGAAGACCUUGACGACAUAGUUUAUACGAUCGAGAUUGCAACUAUCGACAAUCCCGACGAAGCCAAGCAUUUAACGAAAGUUCUCUGUGAAAUUAUGAAAUAUAUACAAUGUCCCGACAUCACAAUGUAUAUUUUAAUACACAUCAUGAAUAUGUUAGAAAAUAGUAUUAAACCUAAACCUACAGAUACAUUUAGUUAUGUUUCUCUGAGGAAAGGCAUGGAAAUAUGUGUUCGACACGCUAUAAAAAUUCUAGAAAGAAGAGAAUUGAUCAAAGUUAUGAUAAUCGUAAUAAACAAAUUGAAUUCCAACGCUGAUAAUGAAGAAAUUAUUAUUUGUUUUGGAAAUAUUGCUGUUUAUACCGCUAAGAAAUACAAUGAACGAGGAGGUAGGCAAUCUUUCGUGGACGGUCCAUUACCGAUGGUUCUAACUUUAUUUAGAUCAAAAGUAACAAAAAUGACAUUAAUUGGAUUGAAAAUCUGGCAAAGUAUAGUUGACCGAGGAAAGAACGCGCACCAUUUCGUAACACCGAAAAUUUUUUUCCGCAAUUGCGAAUACAACAUCGUAUUGAAACAAUGUCAUCCAAAAGAUAAAGCUCUAUUUAAAAAAGUUCGACAUCUCUUAUACGCAAUAUUAAUUCACAGUUUUUUAGUGAGCGAUAACAAAGCUAAACUAGAAACUGUCUAUCAAACGAUAGCACUCACAUUAAUAGAGAUUCCAUGCGGAUAUUCAGUAUCCUGCAUCGUUACUAUAGCUAUGAGUAUACAAGAAUUCGCUUUCAGUAUCAUGUCGAGAGAUUUGGUGAGAGCUCAUCAUCUUCACGCGACAGUUUUGUCAAUACUCACCCUUAUUUGCCAUAUUCACCACGCAACAGUUUUCUAUAAAUACGUGAAUAUGAUUAUCGAAAGAAGGGCCGAAUGGGCGCCACAUUUGAAUCCGCCGUUGAAAAUGCAAUACGAAUAUGCGCAACAUCAUAUUCUUUGGAAUAAGCCCGAACUGUUUUUCGAAGAUUGGGAAGCGAGAUACGGUUUGUGGAAAUGCUUCAGAGAUCGGAUGAAGAAAGGUCGUUUAAAGAAAAAAAAAUAG